AUGUCUGUAGUAGGUGUUGACUUGGGAACGCUCAACAGCGUCAUUGCUGUUGCGCGGAAUCGAGGUGUCGAUGUGAUUGCAAAUGAGGUUUCCAACCGCGCGACACCAUCGCUAGUAGGCUUCGGCCCCAAGAGCAGAUACGUUGGCGAGACGGCCAAGAACCAGGAAAUCUCCAACCUCAAGAACACCGUCUCCUCCUUCGUCCGCCUCGCCGGCCGCAACCUCUCAGAUCCCGAUGUCCAGGUCGAGCAAAACUUCAUAUCCGCGCCGCUCAUCGACAUGGGCGGCCAGGUCGGCGCUGAGGUGCAAUACCUGGGAAAGAAGGAGCAGUUCACUGCUACUCAAAUCACAGCCAUGUUCCUCACCAAGAUGCGCGCCACAGCAUCUGCCGAACUGAAACUCCCCGUCAACGACGUCGUCCUCAGCUGCCCCGUCUGGUACACCGACGCCCAGCGCCGCGCCAUCCUCGACGCUUCCGACAUUGCUGGCCUCAAGUGCCUCCGCCUCAUCAACGACAACACCGCAGUCGCUCUCGGCUGGGGAAUCACAAAGCUCGACCUCCCAGGCCCCGAGGAGAAGCCACGGAGAGUUGUCUUCGUCAACAUCGGCCACAGCAACUACACCGCUACCGUCGUCGAGUUCAAGAAGGGUGAGCUGGCUGUCAAGUCGAGCGCCUGGGACCGCCACUACGGUGGACGCUACAUCGACCAGGCCCUUGUCGAGCACUUCGCCAAGGAGUUCAAGGAGAAGUACAAGAUCGACGUCAUGGAGAACGGCAAGGCUCGCCUCCGUUUGGCUGCUGGUGUCGAGAAGCUCAAGAAGGUCCUUUCCGCAAACAACCAGGCGCCCAUCAACGUCGAGUCCAUCAUGAACGACGUCGAUGUACGCGGUAUGCUCAAGCGCGAGGAGCUCGAGGAGCUGAUCAAGCCCCUCAUUGACCGUGCUACCGCCCCUAUCGAGCAGGCUCUCGCUGAGGCCAAGCUCACCACCGCCGACAUCGACGCCAUCGAGAUGGUUGGCGGCUGCACACGUGUGCCCGUUCUCAAGUCCAAGAUCCAAGACUACUUCGGCAAGCCCCUCUCCUUCACACUCAACCAGGAUGAGGCUGUCGCUCGUGGAUGCGCUUUCUGCUGCGCCAUCCUCUCGCCAGUAUUCCGUGUCCGUGACUUCUCCGUCCACGACAUGGUCAACUACCCUGUCGAGUUCACCUGGGAGAAGUCAGAGGACAUUCCUGAUGAAGACACCAACCUGACCGUCUUCAACAAGGGUAAUGUCAUGCCAUCGACCAAGAUCCUCACCUUCUACCGGAAACACCCAUUCGACCUUGAGGCCAGGUACGCCAAGCCCGAGCAACUGCCGGGCAAGAUGAACCCAUGGAUUGGCCGAUUCUCCGUCAAGGGUGUCAAGGAGGACCCCAAGGGCGACUUCAUGAUUUGCAAGCUCAAGGCACGCCUCAAUGUGCACGGUGUACUCAACGUCGAGUCUGGAUACUAUGUCGAGGAAACCGAGGUCGAGGAGCCAAUUCCCGAGUCUCCGUCAGCAGAGAAGAAAGAGGGUGAUGCAAUGGACGUUGACAAGGACGCUGCAAAGGAGCCACCGAAGAUGCGCAAGGUUAAGAAGCAGCAGCGCAAGGGUGACCUGCCACUAUCAGCAGGCACUGCUUCGCUUGACGAGGAGAGCAAGCAGACCUUAGCCGAGAAGGAGAACUCUAUGAUCAUGGAGGACAAGCUCGUUGCCGACACCGAGAACGAGAAGAACAACCUUGAGAGCUUCAUCUACGAGCUCAAGGACAAGAUCCUCGACGUCUACGCCGACUUUGCCAGCGACGACGAGAAGGCAAGGCUCAACACCAAGCUCGAGACCAUUGAGGAGUGGUUGUACGAUGAGGGCGACGACGCGUCCAAGGCACAGUACGUUUCCAAGAAGGAGGACAUCCGCUCCAUCGCAGGACCCAUCAUCCAGCGCUACAACGACAAGAUCGAGAGCGAGCGACAAGCAGUCAUGGAGAAGCAACAGAAGGAGCACGCAGCUAAGCAAGCCGAGCUCGAGCGCGCAAAGCGGGAGGCCGAGGCCAAGAAGCAGGCUGAGGCGCCGCCGGCGGAAGAGCCAAAGGACGCGGAGAUGACAGACGCUGAGGCGCAAAAGCCUGACGGCGUUGAGGAAGCUUCUUAA